GGCUGGAGGCUCCACCUUUUGUGUUUCCCGCACAGUCAAUCAAAAUAGGAAAAAAAAAAAAUCCCCGGACCGCUCCGGCCGUGUCCGCCGCCGCUUCCCGCAUCCUCUCCCGCCGCCGCCGCCUUCGCUUCUCACCAUGUGUAAGGCGGCGGGGAGCCCCGCCUGAGCUGUCCUAAACACACUAUGACCGCUCCCGAAAAGCCCGUGAAACAAGAGGAAAUGGCUGCCUUGGACGUGGACAGCGGCGGCGGCGGCGGCGGCGGCGGCCAUGGAGAGUAUCUGCAGCAGCAGCAGCAGCAGCAGCAACAACAGCAGCAGCAGCAGCAGCAGCAGCAGCACGGAAACGGCGCGGCGGCCCAGGACACUCAGCCGUCACCGCUCGCUCUGCUGGCCGCUACCUGCAGCAAGAUAGGGCCGCCAUCGCCGGGCGACGACGACGAGGAGGCGGCCGCCGCCGCCGCCGCCGGGGCCCCCGCCGCCGCCGCCGCCACAGGUGAUUUGGCUUCUGCACAGUUAGGAGGAGCGCCAAACCGAUGGGAGGUUUUGUCAGCCACUCCUACAACUAUAAAAGAUGAAGCUGGUCAUCUAGUACAGAUUCCAGGGGCUGCUACUUCAAGUGGGCAGUAUGUCCUUCCCCUUCAGAAUUUGCAGAAUCAACAGAUAUUUUCAGUUGCACCAGGAUCAGAUUCAUCAAAUGGUACAGUGUCCAAUGUUCAGUAUCAAGUAAUACCACAGAUUCAGUCAACAGAUGCCCAGCAGGUUCAGAUUGGCUUCACAGGCUCCUCAGAUAAUGGGGGUAUAAAUCAAGAAAGCAGUCAAAUUCAGAUCAUUCCUGGCUCUAAUCAAACCUUACUUGCCUCUGGAACACCUCCUGCUAAUAUCCAGAAUCUCAUACCACAGACUGGUCAAGUCCAGGUUCAGGGAGUUGCAAUUGGUGGUUCAUCAUUUCCUGGCCAAACUCAAGUAGUUGCUAAUGUGCCUCUUGGUCUGCCAGGAAAUAUUACCUUUGUACCAAUCAAUAGUGUCGAUCUAGAUUCUUUGGGACUCUCGGGAAGUUCUCAGACAAUGACUGCAGGCAUUAAUGCCGAUGGACAUUUGAUAAACACAGGACAAGCUAUGGAUAGUUCAGACAAUUCAGAAAGGACUGGUGAGCGGGUUUCUCCUGAUGUUAAUGAAACUAAUACAGAUACAGAUUUGUUUGUGCCAACAUCCUCUUCAUCACAGUUGCCUGUUACGAUAGAUAGUACAGGUAUAUUACAACAAAACACAAAUAGCUUGACUACUUCUAGUGGGCAAGUCCAUUCUUCAGAUCUUCAGGGAAAUUAUAUCCAGUCGCCUGUUUCUGAAGAGACACAGGCUCAGAAUAUUCAGGUUUCUACAGCACAGCCUGUUGUACAACAUCUACAACUUCAAGAUUCUCAGCAGCCAACCAGUCAAGCCCAGAUUGUGCAAGGUAUUACACCACAGACAAUCCAUGGUGUGCAAGCCAGUGGUCAAAAUAUAUCUCAACAGGCUUUGCAAAACCUUCAGUUGCAACUGAAUCCUGGAACCUUUUUAAUUCAGGCACAGACAGUGACCCCUUCUGGACAGAUAACCUGGCAAACAUUUCAAGUACAAGGGGUGCAGAACUUGCAGAAUUUGCAAAUACAGAAUACCGCUGCCCAACAAAUAACUUUGACGCCUGUUCAGACACUCACGCUUGGUCAAGUUGCAGCAGGUGGAGCGUUGACUUCAACUCCAGUUAGUCUAAGCACUGGUCAGUUGCCAAAUCUACAGACAGUUACAGUAAAUUCUAUAGAUUCUACUGGUAUACAGCUCCAUCCAGGAGAGAAUGCUGACAGUCCUGCAGAUAUUAGGAUCAAGGAAGAAGAGCCUGAUCCUGAAGAGUGGCAGCUCAGUGGUGAUUCUACAUUGAAUACCAAUGACCUAACACACUUAAGAGUCCAAGUGGUAGAUGAAGAAGGGGACCAACAACAUCAAGAAGGAAAAAGACUUCGGAGGGUAGCGUGCACCUGUCCCAACUGUAAAGAAGGUGGUGGGAGAGGUACCAAUCUUGGGAAGAAGAAGCAACACAUUUGUCAUAUACCAGGAUGUGGUAAAGUCUAUGGGAAAACCUCACAUUUGAGAGCGCAUCUACGUUGGCAUUCUGGGGAGCGCCCUUUUAUUUGUAACUGGAUGUUCUGUGGCAAAAGAUUUACACGAAGUGAUGAAUUACAAAGGCACAGAAGAACACAUACAGGUGAGAAGAAGUUUGUUUGUCCAGAAUGUUCAAAACGUUUUAUGAGAAGUGACCACCUUGCCAAACAUAUUAAAACACAUCAAAAUAAAAAAGUUAUUCACUCUAGCAGUACAGUGCUGGCAUCUGUGGAAGCUGGGAGAGAUGAUACCUUGAUUACUGCAGGAGGAACAACACUUAUCCUUGCAAAUAUUCAACAGGGGUCUGUUUCAGGGAUAGGAACUGUCAAUACCUCUGCCACCAGCAAUCAAGACAUCCUUACCAACACUGAAAUACCUUUACAGCUUGUCACCGUUUCUGGAAAUGAGACAAUGGAGUAAAUAUUACACAAAUA